UGCUCAUAUUUUUUGGUAUUCAAGCAACGGUCACUUAAAAAUAGAUAUAAAAUAUAAAUAAUCCAAAGUGGUAAUUUAUAAAAUAAAUUUUAUAAAAAUGGAAGUGGACUACGACGACUCAGGUUGGCAAGGCCGUGCCAAAACCCAGAAUAAUGCCGAGGAAAUGCCAGAGGACAACCCACAGAAAACGAUACAGGAAUGCCUGGAAAGGUUUCUCACUCCUGACUAUAUCAUGGAACCAGGCAUUUUCACGCAAUUGAAACGCUACUUUCAGUCCGGCGGGUCUCCAGAAGAAGUCAUUUCAAUGCUUUCAGAAAAUUAUAAAGCAGUAGCCCAGAUGGCUAACCUAUUGGCUGAAUGGUUAAUUCUUGCAGGUGUCAAGGUUACCGAAGUCCAAGCAAUGGUGGAAAACCAUCUAAAGGAGAUGAUCUUGAAGUCGUUUGAUCCGAAGAAAGCUGACACUAUAUUCACAGAAGAAGGCGAGACGCCCGACUGGCUCACCGAAAUGAUCGAUCACUACACAUGGCGUUCGCUUAUCUACAGGCUAGCCGAGGAGUAUCCCGACUGUCUUAUGCUUAAUUUUACCAUAAAGCUCAUUUCUGAUGCCGGUUUCCAAAGCGAAAUUACUUCCAUUUCUACAGCGGCACAGCAGAUAGAAGUAUUCUCGCGGGUGCUUAAAACAUCAAUUAUCAAGUUUUUAAACAAUCCCGACGACGUUCACGGUGCCAUCCAAGAGUGUGCACGCAUGGUCUGCCACGGUCAGCACACCUAUGUUUACUCUCAAGUACUCAUCCAAGUUCUAAGCCAGGAACUGAAGGGUGGUUUUAACAUGAAGCGUCUGUCGCAGGAGAUCAUUAAAUACGCCUUGCAAAACAACCAGAAUGUGACUCCUAUUACAAUGGCUCUUAACGGCUCUGCGGUCUACCCACAAGCUUGCCAGGCUCUCACUUCAAUGCUGACCCGUAACACUCUUAACCCUGCUGAUAUCACAGUACUCUACCGCAAUUAUUCAGGUUCUGACCCGCCGCCUAUAGACUUGAUUCGUAACCCGCAGUUUCUUGAACUUCUGGUGGAUGCUCUUUUUCGCUCUGGAGUCAAAAUCAAUCCAGAACACAAAUCAAAGUAUAUGUUUCUGUUAGCCUACGCGUCCGCCGUAAUUGAUCAACCAGCAAAAAAAAGACCUCUAACCGAGCGCAACCUAAAUAAGGAAGAGCUAAAGAGUACAAUCCAAGCAAUCGAAAAAGCCCACGCCAUUUGCAACGUUGACCAAGGCUCUACAGAGCUAAUCGCGGAACUUCAAACUUUAUAUAACUGCAUCAAAUAUCCUGUAGUAGGAGUCGGUGUGAUUCGGUGGAUAGAAAAUGUUGUAAUGGAACCAUCAUACUUUAAGCUUUCAACGGACAGCUGUCCCACACACCUGGCAGUACUGGACGAGGUAGCAGCCGUACAUCCCACACUUCAACAACAGAUCCUCUUCCUGCUGAUUCGUCUCUUCGAAUCAAAACAAGACGAGCUGGAGAUUCUUGUACAACUGGAGAUGAAGAAAAUGAUAUUGGACAGAAUGGUAAAUCUUCUAACACGAGGCUGCGUUGUACCUGUUCUACGGUAUAUUAAACAGUGCUGCGCUAUUGAAGACACCGAUAUUUCCCUGAUACGGUACUUUGUCACGGAAGUUCUUGAGACAAUUACACAUCCCUAUUCUCCCGAAUUUGUGCAACUCUUCCUACCAAUGGUAGAGAACGAAGAAAUUACCGGUACGAUGCGUGGCGAAGGCGACAAUGAUCCAGUUUCUGAAUUUAUCGUUCACUGUAAGGCGCACUAUACCACCGUUUAAUGAAAUUUGGCAAUUAAGUAUUUUUGAUUGAAAAUAAAUAAAUUAAAUUCUGUUUAUAGGCAAUAUUUUUAACUAAA